AAAAUUUCUGCCUGUGUCAAAACUUGAAUCUUUGAUCUUCUCCUAAUGAGGUACAAGAGUUAUUGUCGAUUAAACUAAUCCCAGUUGAUUGUAAUUACAGUCAGAUUUAUGUUGGAGCAUUUUGCAAGCCUAACCAUGCUUAUUUUAACUUCUAAUUUUAACAUUCACAUCCCUGUCAGUUUGUUUGCUAUUUUUUGUUCUUUAUUUUUUUUGGGUAAUGCAUUGUAAGACUCAUGUCCCAAAAGAUGAUUUAUGGGUUCCCUUGUUAUGACUUACUAUGUUUGGGUCAUGAAUUUGUAGAGGAAAUCAUGCAAAUAAAUGAAAAAAUAAUAAUAAAAAAAAAAAAUUAAAAGAACCUCAACUUAUUUAUUUCAUUUAUUUUAUUUUUGUUUAAUAAAAUCAUGAUCCAAACAUGGAAUAUCGAAGAGAUUAUUCAUGUGAGUAGUGAAAUUGAUAUAGUUAUGUCAAGAACACAUAAGAUUUUCACAAGAUGAGACACAGACGCGAGACAAAGGGUGAAUCUCACAUGUUGAAUACAUAUAUAAGAUCUACCGUUUAUCUCACAUCUGUUAAAAUUGUCUAUUCACUUAAAUUUACUCCAAACUAAUAUCAACCAAUGAUUUAUUGACCUAUAAGGCAGGGGGGGUGAACUUUUUUUGAGGGCAACAAAUAUACAGAGAAGUUGACCAAAGCCCUGUCCACAAUUUGGCGAACUAUCUGGGUGCCUAAUGACACCACAUCUGAGCAAUGCUUUUUGGAAACAGGUACUGUGUAAUAAUAAGAAGCAGCUACUUGAUAUAAAUUCUUCAAUUCUUGCUAGACUCUCCAUAUAAUCAAUCAAUGGCACACAUAAAUGAAUCUAGGGAGGCGACAGAGAAAAUGAAUAUACAAGGAGGUGAUCAUGGAGAGAGAACAGUGAACACGGUGGAUUACCGGACAUCAGCGGGUCAAGCCCAAGAACAGGAACCCGUCCAGGUGGUUCACCAAUCCCAUUUGCCUACUACGACAACAAAUUCUAACACUAGCGGCGGCAUCUUGGUUGGUGCUGCUAAUGCUGUUGCAUCCACUCUUCAAUCCGCUAAGGAGGCCAUCUCUGGCAAAUAAGGAGAGCAGUCCUAGUGCAUGAGGCUCCUGUUACUGCACGGUCUGAGAGGGAGGAUCAAACAUACGCAACCUUACCCCAAACAUACAGAGAGAUGGUUUCAGUGGUUUGAUUUGAACCUGUUAGGUUGCAAAUAAUAGUAGAAAAAUUAUGAAUUCAAAUCAAGUUUUCAUUUAUCGUUUUGUUUUUGGGUGGAAAAUUUAACGCUCUAUAUAUGAUGAUUAUUUGAGUUUUCA